ACUCAAACAAACACAACACAACACAACAGAGAUUGAAAUUAUUAUUUAAAUUGCUGCAAGUAGAAAAUAAAAUUCGGAUUAUCUAUUAGAAUGGAGAACCCCGAUCAGAAUCCCUAUGCAUCGCUGCUGCCACACAUUGUGGACAUGUUGCACGGCAAGCCACGUCAGAGCGCCACUUUGGAUCAAGUGUGCGCUGGUGUCGAAUCGUUGGCUCAGCUGAAUGAGGCAAUGAUGCAGCACAUCAGUUGCUUUGACACCCUGCAGGCCGCUGUUCAGUUUGGCAUCGAGUUGGGCGUGAACAUGGGAAUCCUGACACACUCAAAGGACACGCUACGCCUCCGCUCCAAGCUGCAUGUGCGCAGCACUGACAAUCAGCAGUCUACACUCGGCGUUGAGGUUGAGCACAAGGAUCUUCGGACUAGCGUCCACAAAGUUGAGGAACCUCUGCACAACGAACUGCUGCAGGAGCUGAUGUUCAGCGUUGAGACUGGUCAGCAGGCUUACAGCGUCGAUGAGCCCCUCAUCCCAGGCCGUACACUCCGAUCUGACCACUGACCCACUGACAAUUCCCCCUCCAGGAGCAACCUCGCGACUAAGCGAACUUUGGUGCAUUGGUCCAAAAACCAAUCAACCACCAUUAUAGUUUGGAAUUAAAGCAUCAAUUAAUGCUUUAGACUUUGACGUUAACUCCAUUAUUGCUGAGGUAAUAAAUAUCAUUCUGGAUA